AUGUUCCUCUCCAAAGAAGCGGCUCAGUGCCAAUACGGUCCGGUUUUCGAAGCCGGUGAGAUAGAGGAGCUCUGGUCCCUGCUUCAACCGGGGACUAUUAAUAAUUCCGGUUCAGAGGGUUCGAGCCGGGCAGUUUACUCGGUGGACGAGCAAAAGCUUAGGCGUAUGAUAUCUAACCGCGAGUCGGCUCGGCGGUCACGCUGGCGAAAGAAGAGACACUUAGAGGAUCUGACUGAACAGGUGAACCGGCUAAAAGUAGAGAACCGGGAUCUCAAGAAUCGGCUGGCACAUAUGGCCCAACAGUGUCACGUUGCAUGGAGAGAAAAUGACCGAUUAACUUCCGAAUUCUCAGCCCUGCAGUCUAAACUUUCGGAUCUAUGCCGGAUUUUGGUUGCCAUGCAAUCAUAA